AUGCCACUCAUCCAGGCGUUGCACACGCCCACGCCCACACCCACACCAACGUCCACAGAACACCAGCAACAACAAGAACAACACCAGGAGAAACAGCAACAACAUCAACAGCAAAUCCUGGCCAACAAGCAGCUUGCCAAGUCCAUGCCCGUAACGCCCAUACAGCCGCAAUCACCGACAGAUCCAAUGGAUGCUCAUUUUAUGCUCAUGCCACGUUCACCUUCAUACGAACUAUACGAGCCCUCGCCAACAGCGCCCCACGCACUCUUUCGACAUGCCCACUCCGAUGAAGAUGACGAAGACGACGACGACGACGAUGUCUUGGAUUUGGAUGCAGUGGACACCUCAUCGCUGGCUAUGAUAACACCGCCGCCGCCAUACGAUACGCCACAGUUGGCAUUGGCCAGCGAUAGUUUGGGUGCUGUUGCCGCACCGCCUUUGCCACCGCCGCGCAGAUUUCGUUUUGGCAAUCGUGAGCUGUUCAGCAUGAGUCCGGGUACGCCCAAGUCGAAUGCCAUAACGCCCACAAAGCUGAGUGCCGCUGCUGCAGCCAUGUUUGCCACACCACAAAUGGUGCAGUUGAAUCGAAAAUGGGCGCAUCUACAGCGGAAACGGCGACGGCGCAACAGCAGCAAUGGUGACUCCAAGGAACUGGACAAGCUCGUCCUGCAGUCUGUCGAUUGGGAUGAGAAUGAGAUAUCUGAAAAUCAAGUGUCGAAUACUUCAAAAGCAAUACAAACAACACGUAAACAUAUUAAGUAAGUAAGUAAAAAUAAUUGUUUAAAUUACAACAGCAACAACUACA